AUGCAACCGUCCAUCAAUAGUCUGGCUACUCUGUUUGGGAUAGCGGCAGUGUCGCUUGCUAGUGGAUACUACCUAGGACAGGUGAGCACCACCGGCCCUCUGAAGAAGCAUCAUGUCAAAGACAUUCUGAAAAGGUGUAAAGCCAAAGCAAAAAAGGAACAGGAAAUGCAAGGGAGUGACAGCGAAGGCUACGAAGAUGGGGACGAUGAAGAGGAUGAAGAAGAUGAGGUUGAAAUCAACUCUUUGUCUCUGAACGAUAUUCCCGGCGAAGUGCGAAUGGCACUAGUAAUUCGUCAGGAUUUAGGCAUGCAGAAAGGUAAGGUCGCAGCUCAAUGCUGCCAUGCUGCACUGGCAUGCUAUCGCUUGAUAGCCACUGACCCAAGCCGCGAGUCUUACAAUUUGCCAUUGACAGAGAGGUGGCUCAGUCAUGGCCAAGCUAAGAUAACCUUGAAAUGCCCUGACAAGGAAACAAUGGACGAACUGUUCGCUAAGGCUCUAUCUCUGGGCGUCAAUUCCUAUGUGGUACAUGAUGCGGGAAGGACUCAAAUAGCAGCUGGCAGUGCGACAGUGCUCGGGCUGGGGCCUGCGCCAAAGGCAGUUCUGGAUCAAAUCACAGGCGAAUUAAAGCUAUACUAA